UUUUUUAGACAGAGUGCACAUAAUCAAGCAACCUGAGUACGCCCCGACAGAGCAAGAUAUACUUCGGUGUCGUGUGCUAACGUCAGGGAUAUUUGAAACUAAAUUCACUGUUGAUAAAGUUAACUUUCACAUGUUUGAUGUUGGAGGGCAGAGAGAUGAACGACGCAAAUGGAUCCAGUGCUUCAAUGAUGUGACGGCCAUCAUCUUCGUCACAGCCUGCAGUGGUUACAAUAUGGUUUUACGAGAAGAUGCCACUCAGAACCGUCUGAAGGAGUCCUUAGAUUUAUUUAAAAGUAUUUGGAACAAUAGGUGGCUGAGAACGAUAUCUGUGAUUUUGUUCUUAAAUAAACAAGAUCUAUUAGCAGAGAAGGUCAAGGCUGGGAAAUCCAAGAUAGAAGACUAUUUCCCAGAGUUUGCCAGGUACCAGGUGCCACCUGAUGCCGUUGCCGAGCCAGGGGAAGACCCAGAGGUUGUCAGAGCAAAGUACUUUAUUAGGGACGAGUUUCUGAGGAUCAGUACAGCGAGUGGAGACGGCCGGCAUUAUUGCUACCCUCAUUUCACGUGUGCUGUAGACACGGAGAACAUUCGUCGAGUGUUUGACGACUGUCGAGACAUCAUCCAGCGAAUGCAUCUACGACAGUACGAGCUUCUGUGA